AUGGCCGAUCAGGGGCCAAAAUCCCUUCCUGAACAACCUGAGCGGGUGGAAAACGACGGACCAAGUUCCCUUCGAAGGAGUUUACCUCUUUUCAAGAAACGCCAAAUUGAGGGAGAAAUUCCAUCAGCCACUCACCAGAACAGCCAUCCCAGUAUUCGGUCGAUCAUUCUACUACUAAAAGCCGGCAAACAGGGUCUCUGCAGCCGGGUGGAUCUCCGGAAAUUUUACCCCAAUAUCGAUCCUGCGAAAGAUCGUUCCAAUACGAGUGAACUUAUUGUUCCUUCAGCUGAUAUUGCAAUUUGUCGUGGCCAUGUCAAAUUUGAACACCUAGUUGUUAGCAUAAAUGAGGCCUGGAGUAACUCGGUCUCCCUUGAUGCAGCCUCCAUCACCACUGAUCCGCCUUUGCAGUCUCAGCAACCUAUAAAACCUCCCUAUAUGCGGAUCUCGAAGGCACCACAAUUCCAGCUACCUCGGCCACAGCCUGACUAUGCUGUGGGAUUCUCUUACCAGGCCUUUACUCAAAAGCAGCUGUCUAACCUAACACCCUUUAUCGGUGAUAUCAGUCAAACCUCUUUCUUUCUUGGUACAGCUGACAUGUUCUUCCCAUUUUUGACAUCUGAAGUGAAAGGAAAGGCAGCACUUGAUAUUGCAGACCGGCAAAAUGCACACAGCAUGACACUUGCAGUAAGAGGUGUUGUUGAGCUCUUUAGAAUUGUCAAGCGUGAAAAGGAGCUUAAUGGAGAGAUAUUGGGAUUCUCAAUCUCAUAUGAUUAUUGCUCUGUGAGAAUAUAUGGUCACUAUCCUGUGAUCAAUGAGCAGAAAAUUACCUACCACCGGCAUUCAAUUCACAAAUUUGAUUUCACUGCAUUGGAUGGUAGGGAGAAAUGGACAUCCUACAAGUUUACAAUGAGUGUUUAUAGUGACUGGGCGCCGUCUCAUUUCCAGCGACUGUGUUCAGCAAUCGAUGCGAUACCGCAUGUGGACUUUGAGGUAUCCCAGCAAACCGAGGAGCCGUCAGAAAUAUUGCAACAACCAGAGGUAUCGGAACUGAGCUUCUCAGAAACAACUCGGCCGUCACAGGAGGUUGAAGGCAUAGGCCUAGGUUCCAGCUUCACAACCCUGGGGGUAGACGAUUCGGCUUCUCGAAAUGCUGCCUCAGAUUGUAUUUUAAUCAGAGCAUAA